CGCCGGAGCGCCCAGGCAAGCUAGCGGGCGCACUUCUCCGCAGCCGGACAAGCGACGACGCGCGGAGCAGCGCACCAGCAUGGCGAGACGUCCCGCGUCGCGGCCGCUGCUAUCGAUCGCGCUGUGCCCGCUGCUCGCAACUCGUCGUCCCAAGGGGCAGGCCAUGCCCACCGCCCUGUGCUGCUGGUGGUGGAUCCUGUGGUGCCUGGCAAUGGCCGGCAUCGCCAGCGCGGCGACCGGCACCAUCGGCAACGGUCGUCGCCAACCUCGGAGUCCGUCGUCGUCGGACGAGGAGCAGCAGCCAACGGCGACGAGGCCCAAGCUGCUGGUGAUUCUGGUGCAGGGCGUCAGGGCCGACUACAUCGACCACGCGGUGCAUCCGGGAUUCGCGCGACUGGCCCAAGGAGGCAUCCGCGCCGAGUACGUGCUGCCAGUGUUCCCGUCCAGCCCGUACCCCAACGCGUACAGCAUCGCCACAGGCCUGUACCCGGAGUCCCAUGGCAUUGUGGCAGAUGCCAUGUACGACACCGAGAAGCGUGACCUGUUCCUAGGCGUGCAGAUGGCGGGCAGCUCGCUGCCGUGGUCCCACUGGUGGGAGCGCGCCGAGCCCAUCUGGCUACUGGCCGAGAGACGCAGGCUGCGAUCGGCCGUCUACUGGUGGCCGGGCUGCGAGGUUGCGUUGAACGAGACGCGACCGGCCAUCUGCAUGCCCCAGCGUUCCGUGCCGGGCUGGCGCUCCCUGGACCACGACUUCCGGAACAAGCUGGACGAGGUGCUCGAAGUUUUCGACACCGACGAGCUCAGCCUGGCCAUGCUCCAGUACGGCGCAGUCGCGUACUUCGGUCGGCACCGUGGUCCAGAGAGCAAGGAGCGGCACAAAGCGCUAGCAGAAUUCGACCACCAUUUGAACUAUCUCAUCGAUCAGUUGGAAGCUCUGAACCUUACCGAAAAGGUGACGCUGAUGAUUGUAUCGGACCACGGUAUCGCCAACACCGGUCCCGAGUCCACCACCGACAUCAUGCUGGACAAAUACUCGCCUUACAUCAAGUACAUGCUGAACUUCGGAUCUCAUUCCAUGGUGCUUCCGAGGAAAGACAUGUUCCGGCCGCUGCACCGUGCCCUGAUCGAUGCUCGCGUAGAAGGCCUGCAGGUCUACACUAAGGACGAGAUUCCAGCCAGAUACCACAUCAAGCACAGCCCGAGGGUGCUGCCCAUGUUCCUGAUGACCACGCCGAAGUACUUCAUUUUGCCGCUCAGCGAUAGCACCAAGACAAAAGUGAACCACAAGAAGCGCUUCUUUGGCUACCACGGAUACGACCCCGAACUUCCCGAGAUGAGGACCAUUUUCUACGCUCAGGGUCCAGGUAUCAAGCGGGACUACGUGAUCAAACCCUUGGUCAACGUGGACCACUACAACUUCAUGUGCCAUGCGCUCGGCCUCGAACCUAAGCCCAACAACGGUUCCUGGGCGCGCAUGGACGAAGGACUCGUCGAGUCCGAGGUUGACUUCCCACGCUACGGCAGCUCCAAGUACAACAACGCCGCGUCAUCACCCACUCUGGGCAGGCACCAGUGGCUCUCCUGGUCAGCACACUUGGAACACCUGUCUCUGGCUGUCGCAGCCGUGUCAGCACAGCUUCGCGCGCGGCACGCCCUCUGAAACACGUGCGAUGCUGACGUCUACAAGCGGUUGUGUGUGCCAAAGAAAGACUGUUCGCUUAGUAACCGCAGCGACGCUGAGGCGGAACGGGCCCGCUGGCGUCCUGAUAGCGUGAAGUCUAUUGUGCAGUCUGUGAAGUCAGCUGAAACUGGAUAACGACUACGUAUAGGCAGCGCUGUUAUUGCUGGAAUCAGAGUCACCGGGCCGGUAACGACAAAGAACGCUCUGCAGAACAGGUCGUAACGGCACCGGCUACGGAAACUGGCCCACUUUACCUAUUCGGCGACACCCUGAUGGACGAGGCAAGGUCAUAUGCCAGGUGUUUCUGCGAAGAAUAUAAGUAAUUUUUUAAAUUAUCUGUGGCAGAUAUAACAACUCUAGUCCUCGAGCUGGUUUGCUCGAAUAGGUGGGCAUUACUCGCACGAGAAAUUGAAAUGCAUAAUCGGCUAAUUAAAAAAAUUUGCCAACCAAGCUUUAACUAAUUACCCGAUGGUACCUAUUACAAUUUAGAAAUUGUUGCCAGGGAGACUUGAAUAUAAUUGUGUGGAUGACACCAUUUUAGAGAUAUGCGCCAUCAAACGUGCGGUAAAAGUGCACUGUCGUUCCGCCUAAUUUCCUAAGAAAACACUGUUUUAUACAUUGUAGCACGAAAGUAACUGCACCGCCAUUGUAUUUCUUCGCAAAGUUCGGAAAUUAUUAUUCCGAAAGUGGUGGUCCUCCUGAGAAUUAGUUCCAAGAGAAUCCGCCUUGCGAUUCGUAUAUUGUAUAUUUGCAAUGUUCGCCAUACGGUAAUUACUUUAAAAACUUAAUUAGUGACUUUUAAUCAAUUAGUCGAUGGUGCAUUUUGAAUUUGUGGUGCUAAUAAUGUCCGCCUACGGAAGCACUACACGCGGGAGGAUUAGAAUCGAGCUAUCUGCCCCACGUAAUAUUUGAAGAUGCUUCAAAUCUUCGCAGAAACCCCCGGUAUAUGCCGCCGUCGCACUCAGUAACUAGCGCCUUGCGCAGUUGUUGAUUCAACUUCUGUUUUGUGGGUGUCGUCCUCAUUGACGUUUAGUCGUUGCGCUGUCACUCCAGCUAUCUCUUCCAGCAUUGCGGUCAGUCUCACCACUGUAAAGCGAAAAAUGAAGUCGCAAAUGAAGUAGCUAUGCGAAGCUUGUCCUUCGCGAUUCGAACGUUACAGAGAGCUCCCCGAGGUGGAGCACUGGGCUUGUUGGAGCUAUACAGAAUCAAUUUGUAGCUGCGCUCAGGAAAAUAAAAUUCAGUUGUAAGUUCAGCGCUUUCUGACUACUUUUAUGUCAUCUAAUGCGCUUGGAAACAUCGGUUAUAUAGAGAGGCUUACUAUAUAAGAAAAGUUUUCUUGAAAGGAUCCCAAGAUCCUACGCAAAUUUUUGGUCUUGCCUUUUACAAGUGACCCUGGUUGGCUUAACCUGUGCACCCACAAGCUUUAUAAUCCUUGGGAUUAUAAAGCUUGCGGGUGGAGAGAUGCGGAGAUAAAGCUGGAGAGAUGCGUGCAUUGUACGUUUGAUUAACAAAUAAAUUAUACAACGCUUUGACAUGAGCGACCUAGCCCUAGGCAUUUUUCUUCUGUUAGAUUUUCCCGGUUUGACCAGAAAGCACCUUUUUACGAGGACUAAGAGUCCAGAAUCCUAUUCGCGUGCCCACUUUUCCUUUUCAUGUUUGUUAUUUUCUUACUUUCGUCAUUCCGUUUGUUAUCUUUCUUGUACACAAUCUAAUGUAAGAUAAAGUGGUUGCAGUACCACGGCUUACGUCUGAACACAGCCGAAAGGAGGGAUUUGUUUUCUUUUCGCAGCAGAUUUCGAAAAGCGAAACGCAGAUUACUUACACUUGCGGUAACGAAGAAUUCAUCCGUAUCCGGAACGUUCACAGAUAAACGCAUUCUUUCUUUUUCAAUUCCUCAUUAGAAUACAUUAACAUCUCAACAAUUGGUACUGAAGGUACCAAUUUUUGCUUAAGGGUUGUGAAGCGAGUUUAGAAUGUUCAUUAGCCCACUAGCACUUAAUUUUCUAAUCAUUUCGCAAUAUGGCAAUACCAACCACAGUUCAUCAAACUGGUUUGCAAGUUAUAUUUAUCGCGCACCUCCCACCCUCAAACCCUGCACCCUACGCUGUCUUCAUGCUGAGGCUGAGCGUGAUGACCUCACGACUAACAGGCUAUUGUGAGCAGAAGCACUGAAACUAUUCCGUACAAUCACAAUUUUAGAAAUCGUGGCUUCGAAAUAUCUAAUCACUUGGAUCUCUUGGACGACAGGAUAAGACGCAUUCAACGUACGCCGGCGUUAGGCGUUGCCUACGAGUUGUUGUUUCCCACACCAUUCCUUGGACACUUCGAAGCAGCUAGGAUAGAAACUAGCAACUAAGUGCUUUUUUUCGUAAAGCUCCUUUAAGAAAUAAAGCACACAUCUUCCCUCAGUGCAAAACAACAAGAGAAAGAAAAAGAACUUAGCGUUGCAGUUUAUAUCGCAGACAUCGAAUGUAUUUGUUAAUAACGAAUGGAAACAACUUCGAAAGUUACGCAACAGUGAAUAGUUCUCUGACCGUUCAUUUUCCCCCUUAUUCAUAUGUUAAACAUACACGCAAGUAUGUUACACAAUUGAAGGGCAUUGCCAGAGCUUCAUAGCAUCAUUGCAUUGCAUGCAAGUGUGUAUGUCAUGCAGCGUUACUCAAGCAAGUUGCACGGUUCCUGCAUCGUAUGUGUGAAGGCAUUUGUCAGGUUGAGUGGAAUGUUGAAAUACCAGUGUUUAGUGACGUGUAACUUGGGGUUGUUUUCUUUAACCCUCUGAGAAACACUUGAUGCAAAUUGUCUCCGUUAUGUUCGAGAUGCUGCAUUGUUAACAGAUGACCACCAGGGACGCCUUUCUAAUUAAUAUUUAUGCAGCCUGGAGCAAAAGAAACCAAGUAGUUGUCUAGAUAAAGUCCUCGUUGUACCAAAUUUUUAAUUAGGCACACCGAGCACUCCCGAUAAGUUAUGAGCUUCCUGAUAAUUUGAGCGAUAACAUACUUUCAAAGAGUAAGCAGAGAACGCACUCUGAGUGCAGACGGUUGAACUCAAUUGUACUUCCGCUGUUAAAUGGGACACUAAAGAGAGAAAUAAGUUCAGCUGUGUUAGUAAAUUACUCUUCAACAAUACCAAAAGGCCUUGGUAAGCUCUAAAAGGCUAAACAUGAACGACGAGUGGCAACGCCGCCUUGGAGUUAUCCCACCAGCCCGCCAUGACGUCAUGGAUAUUUAACAGCGCUUGCUGGUGCCAAGGUAAUUGUUUAUCGGCAAAGAGGGAAUACAUUAUAUUCCGAACGAGCGAAAGAUUAAACUGAGCAAGUUUCGAGAACUUUUUUUUUUUGUGCCACCACACCCCAAAUACAAAAGAGCACUUUUUGACGUCAACCUGACGCACAGGCGCUGUAGUUUCGCCGGGAAAUAAAAAAAAAUGAAGGUUUGACCUUGAGUUUUUCUUCUACUAAUCGACCCCUUACUGCAACAUAACGGAAACAAAGUUCUGAAAGCAUACUUCAUCAGUUUAAACUCAUCCAGUGUUCCCCUUAUAGUCCCCUUAAUGGCACUAGAGCUGGUUUGACUGACAUACUUUGCUUAGUGUUCCACUGCAACACAGAGUACUAUAGUCUAAACUCUGAGCGUUACUUCAGCUGACUCGUAAGGCAGCGUGGCAGCGGGCUUCGUAAGCUUCACGAACGUCAGUGCUAUUUGUGCCUAAGCGGAGAGCAUCUAGCUGGACGCUUCCUGUGGUUUUAAUUUGACGUAACGGUCUCUGCAGCACAGUGCUUCUUGCGUUUAGGCAUGAACAUGAACAACCGCUAAGUGCAUUAUGUUUUCACUGCCUCUUUGUAUUAGCUCAUUCACAAAACAAAAGAGGAGCUACUAGCGCAGUUCUUCCAAUAAAACGUAGCCUUUUAGCGCAGUAGUGUGCUUUCUAUCGAAAUACUGCAUUAGGAAUAACCAAUGCCCGCAUACAAGCGCGUUCAUGUGUCUGAAAGGUCUUGAUGCACUGUAUACAUCUGGACGUUGUUGUAUCUCACAUGCCUCGUCUGUCACUUGUCCACAGUUUUCUCAUCCAAGAUGUGCGCACUGUUGACGUUGUUUCAAUACCGAACUCAUUUUUCCUUCCUGUGAUUGUCGAUGCCCCGUUGACAACUAAUGUUGAUCGUUGCCCCUGUGCGUCCAAGUAGUUACCCUUUGUGCAAUACUAUUUCGAGCCAGUUGAUGCUCUUGUACACAGACCGUUCACGUGCGCGGCUCUGUUGGCAGCCACUUACAUAUAUGUACAUCCAGGUUAGUGAGCUUUCUCGCCAGUGAAAUCAGACGGCGCGCAUUUAACAAGGUGGCAGUCACGUUUCUGAUUUCGCAGAGCAGUUCUAACACACAGUAACUACUAGUAUCGCCAUAGAUUAAGUGGCGUAAAGGAAAUAUUUUAUUUUGCAUCAAAUUUACAGAGAGACAAUCGAACAGGUCCAUAUGAUGAAGUAUAUUUCAAUGCUGUAACAGACUCGCAAUCGCUGCUAAAAUGUGCUCCUAUUGUAAUCGAUGCCGGAAACGCGUGUUCGGUGCUGUUAGCGGCACAGAAUUGUAUUAUGUUUUAGUAGUGAUCAUUAUGUUAGCCUGCCUCACGACAUAUGCGAAAAUUGCUUAAAGUAUUUUCUCAUUAACUCUAUGAACUUCGGAGCACGGUGUUAUGUGAUCUUUACAAAUAAAGAAGAAGUUGCUGAAA